AUGCCACUUUGGCAGAUCUACCACCCAGCAGGCUUAUACGAGGACCAAGAGUCUAAAUCCUCGUUUGCCAAAGAUAUCACGAAGAUUUAUACCAAGAUCGGCCUUCCACCAUUCUACGUUGUGGUCAACUUCAUCCCUCUGCCAAAAGAAGAUAUACUGGUAGGAGGUGAGCCCAGUAACGGAACUCCCUUCAUCCGGAUCGUCAUCACGAAUAUCGCGGUCAAAAUGCCAGAAACCAACGAGACUUACACCCGAUUCACUUCUUCGGUUGAUGCGGUGUUGAAGCCCCACAUUGCCGACAAGGGAUAUGACUGGGAAUACCACGUCGCAGAAACCGAACGCCGACUGUGGAAAAUCAAUGGCCUUAUUCCGCCGCCUUGGAAGAGUGAAGAGGAGGCUCGAUGGGCUGAGCAGAACCGGCCUGUUCCCUAUGAGGGCGCGUUUGCGCCGCUUUGA